ACUAACUCAAUCGAAGUAGAAAAUCAUCCACAUCAUUUUCUUCAGGCGCAGUGUGUGAUCCAAACGUUAGUUCAUGUUUCAUCUAACCUGUCUUUUAGGAAGGCUUACUUCUUCAGUACAAAGGGUGAUGACUUCAGCUGCUAAGCCGAUUGUUAUCUUUGUUCUUGGCGGACCGGGCGCCGGGAAAGGAACUCAAUGCGAGAGAAUAGUAGAGGAAUUUGGAUACAUUCAUUUAUCAGCAGGUGACUUGUUACGAGAGGAAAGAGCUAGUGGGUCAGAGAAUGGAGAUCUUAUAGAGUCUUGUAUCAAAGAAGGGAAGAUUGUUCCUGUGGAAAUUACCAUCAGCUUGAUUGAGAAGGCAAUGAACAAAAAUAGUGUCAAAAAAUUCCUUAUAGAUGGAUUUCCAAGAAAUGAGGAUAACCUUCAAGGAUGGAAAAGGGUGAUGGAAGGAAAAGUUGAUGUAUCAUGUGUUUUAUUCUUUGAAUGUGCAGAAGAUGAGUGCAUCAAAAGAAUAAUGGAACGGGGAAAGUCCAGUGGGCGAUCUGACGAUAACAUUGAAAGUCUUAGGAAGAGAUUCUAUACAUAUGAAACACAAACUAUGCCAAUUAUAGAACAUUAUCAGAAGCUAGGACUUGUUAGAAAGAUUCAAGCAAUAAAAUCUCCAGACGAGGUAUUUGAGGAAGUUCAAAGUGUACUCAGAAGCCUUGGUGAAUGAGGUCUACUCCCUUAGCUCUCUUUUUAAUUAGCUUAUGCAACAUCUAAUAGUUAAGAAUGGUUUUGUUGUGUUAUCAAUAAGACCUGGUUAAUAACACAUGUACAUCACACAUUGUAGUUAAUUUAUCAUUUUAGUUACUCUAACUUGUAAUGUGCAGUGGCGUGGUAGGGGGGAGGGGCAGGGGGCAGGGGGAUUAAGCGAAGGGUCAGCCACCCCUUAGAAGUUUUACUAGUCAAGUUCCAUCCUAGUUUAUUAUUAAUAUUAUCAUAUAUAAAGAAAUGUGGCACUUGCUACCUAAAGGUACUUCUGAGUGUCAUUUUAUCUAGAGGAAGAUUUGCUCAAUUGCUUACUUUUUUGCCUCAUUGGCAUAUGACUUUGUCUAAAAAGGAACAGAGCUUGUGAAACUUAGUAAUUAUCAUGAAGUUUUUAGCUUUUUGGGUGUGAUUUUGAAGGAGAUAUUUUGCUUAAGCAUAAGUUUUGGGUGGCAAAAGUGCUAAUGAGCCCAAACACUUAUUGUAAAGCUUUCAUAUUUCAAACCUGUCUCACAAAAAAUUAAUUAUUAACUACAUUGCACUCAAAUUUUCUUGGAACAGUUAACCAUGCCAUGCCCUCUCAAUAUUCAGAAUCAAUAUUUUUGUAGUUUAAUCAGAGUCUGAAUAUGUAAAUGUGGCCAAAUAAUGUAAACAAACACUCCCCCACAUUUAAAUUUUUGGUUGGUUUAAAAGUUUGUAAACCAGUUUGAUUCGUAGUGUCCGUUCGUUAGUGAGACGGCUCUAAACUACAGUCAAAUAAAUUUUAACUGGUGUAAAAAAAAUCCUAACAAAAAAAAAUUUAAGCCAUGGCAGGAACACAUACCUACAGUUUUGUCUGUGUGUACUACUUAAAAAUUAUUAUUAAUAUCACAUGUGGGGCAUUUCAUGGUUGGUUUGUUUUAAUUACCAAUUAUUGAUUUAAUAUAAUUCAAUGACACAAAAUAAACUACACACAAUUUUGAAUUUCUAAAUAUUUUAUUGUUAAUAAAUUAUUCUUUGGUUCACAUUUAUUUUCAAACUUUUGCUACAAAUGUAGUCGACCAUUGGUCUCUAUAUAAAGUAACAAUACUGCACUUAA